CACAACGUCCACAGCAUAUCCCUGCCGUGUAUGCUGUAGGACUAAUCUCACAAAGCACGCCUGACACUAAUCUCACAGUACAUCGCAGCCAUGCAUUCAGAAUAUCUUCACAUGAUUAAUAACAUCUCGUACGAAAGAUGUCCUCUAUAAACGGAUGAAAACGCUGUGACGUUGGAGCGAGUAGCAAAUCGGAUUCUUCGAUCCACCAAUUCUAUCAUCUCCUUUAAAUACAGGUCGAGCAAGCGGACGGACCAAAAUAUCAGAUACGGUUCGCUUCGAACCCGAAAAAGUUGCGUGCAGUGGAUGUCUGGAAGAUACACGUAAUUUCAUUUUUUCACGUUUCCCCACAUACAUAACGACUCAUGUGGCGCGGAAAGUGUUUGAAGAAAGGUCGCUUUGAAAGCUGAACAAAGCCGAAAAGGUUAUACCCAGAGAGCAACCACGACGAGCCAGCGGGUGAGCGAGAGAAAUGUGGAGAAUCUGGAGACGAGUUGGUUCUCUUUCUCCCCUGUUUUCUUCACCUAAAUCGUCUAUUCUUCGCCAGGAUUUGAUACAGGCUCCAUAUAGAUUGAACUUUCUGGGAAUCCUCAGCACAGAAAAUGGGACACCGGCAACUAUUGGAUUUUUCUCCAAAGAGAAAACCCCCUUCAUAGCUUUUGUCUUAGGUGGCCCUGGCAGUGGAAAAGGUACACAAUGUGCAAAGAUUGCAGAGGCCUUUGGGUUUACACAUCUUAGUGCUGGGGAUCUGUUAAGGAAGGAGAUAUCAUCCAAUAGUGAAAAUGGUGCGAUGAUCCUUGCCACAAUUACGGAAGGAAAGAUUGUUCCUUCAGGAGUGACAAUUAAACUUAUUAGGAGGGAGAUGGAAUCAAUUGAAAACAAUAAGUUUCUCAUCGAUGGCUUCCCUAGAAGUGAGGAAAAUCGUAUUGCAUUUGAACGGAUUACUGGAGUUGAACCAAACAUUGUUCUAUUUUUUGACUGCCCUGAAGAUGAGAUGGUGAAACGAGUGCUAGGUCGUAAACAGGGACGAGUUGAUGAUAAUAUAGACACCAUUAAGAAGCGCCUUAAGGUGUUUGCAGCAUUAAAUCUUCCUGUAAUAAACCACUAUACUCGAAGGGGCAAAGUUUACAAGAUCAAUGCAGUAGGAACAAUAGAUGAGGUAUUUGAAAAAGUCCGACAGGUGUUUGAUGAUUGUAAGCAGAUGAUCAAGUGAAAAUAAAAAGACGAAAAAAUAUUGGAAAAGGCGACAGAGGGGACUGAUCCUAGUUAUUUUUUGUCAGUUUCCUUGCGUCUCUUCAAGGAGUCAGCUUGAUCAAUAAAGUUUGCCAUCUUAUUCUGGAGGAUUUGGCUAUAGAGGAAAGAAAAAUAGGAGAGAAUACACUCUGCUCUCAACGUUACAUUGUUUUUUGUUCUUAUUUUUUCCCCUACUUGAUUAUUAAUGUAUAGCUUUAGAUGUAACGAUGUGCAAGUGCAACCACCCUCUGGCUUUGGGGGAAUUUUCUGUAGCUUGAAUUCAUCUUUUGGUAUCCAGCUCUUGUUCAAUGGUUAA